UGUAAUACUUAUUAAUUUAUAUAUUUUUUUUUGUGCAUUCUUUUCUAUACGGAUCUGUGAAUUUCUUGGGCAAACACCUCUUGUGUUCUUUGUGCGUCGUGGCUUAGAUCCAAGUUUAAACAAAGAACGAUUAGUUAGCAUUGCACUAGAACGCAAACAAGAUGGUCCACAGAGUUCUGACCUGUCUUCUGUUGCUCCUCAGUUUGCUCUUCACCAUUGACUUGGUGCUGAGCCACACAAAGAAUAUCUACACCUCGGAUGAAGCUACUUUAAGGAUUAGCAGAAGUAUAAGCCAUCCAGAUGAGAGCGGGAACAGCAGCUUUACUUCCUUGAGUCGGUCCAAGCGUGUGGCCAUCUACAAUGGCCAGGGCAUUGUCAAGCUGGUACCGAGUCUGGCGUAUCCUGUGAAGCAGACCGACAAAACGCAAUCCUUUUGGUGGUUCAUUAACGUGCAAGGCCAGUGGAUACCGACCACCAUACCCAUAUACUGGUGGAGUUUCUGGAACACCACCGCCUUCGUGUCCACCGCUCGCGAAUGGCGCAAGGACAUGCAGGCGAAGGUCCUGCACGACGAGGCUCGCACGUGGGUCUACAAUGCCAUCGAAGUGGGCAUGGAGCAAUUAGAUGGUGCUUACGGUGGAGUUUGCCUGCUAAGAAGCAUAUGCGAGAUCUCGCAGAAACCCUUCCAGAACAGCAACAUCUUCAGUGAGAUCGUAAACGCUGUGCUGGUACCCACCAUGGACAAUGUGGCCAGCAAGUAUCUGCAUGCCCGGGACGCGGGACGUGGAGGAGCAGACUGCGAGCGAACCUUCAGCGACUGCAAUCCGCUGCUCUGGACCCUGGUGACGAACAUGGCCAAGAAUCCGUUCAAGUGAUCAGUGAUCACACAAA